AUGGCCUCGUGUGCAGCUUAUGCGCUCUUCGCUGGCACCUCCGUUCAAAUCAGGAUCAUCAUUUUCGGCGGCCAAGGCGAACAGUUGGCUGAGGAUGUGCUGGAUACUACACCGAUCAAGAUAUCGCUGGUAUCCGGUUUCCUCAUUGGUCUACUGGUUUUGCAUAUCAUUGGAUACUUUAUUUCUGCGCUUAUCAAUAUCUGGUGUUUCAACAUCGUGAUGGACUGUUAUCGAUGGAUGAGCUUCCAUUUGGAGGAGAAAAAUCGAGCCAAUGGUCGGAAAGACGUACCAGUUUCACGUUCUGACUCCAAACCAGCGACCAUCAUUCAUGCAACAGAUUUCUGA